AAGGUGGAUAAGGUAGUGCGUACUACUAUUCUAGCUAGAAGUUGGUGGCGCAGUAAAUUUGCAACAAAAAACGAAAAAGAUCCUUAAUCGAUGUCAGCUUGUCUGUCAUCUCAAAUCUGCGAUUCUCCCAAGAGAUUUCCCCAAUUUCCCAUCCCUUCUCUCUCUAUCUUCUCAGUCACAGUGAGUAGACCAGUGGUUACCUAAACCAUUUCCCAUUUCUGUUUUUGAUUCCUUUUCAAGAAAGAAAAAGAGGGGUUUUUGUUGUUUUGAGAAAGGGCUGAAAGGAGGGGGGGAAAGUUGCAGUCUUGAAUUGCAGAGAUGACGGAGCUGAAAGAGGAGCAAGAGGCGGCGGAGGAGGGGAAGAGUAAUCGGAACUGCGAUUUCUGCGGGUCGGCCACGGCGGUGCUGUACUGCAGAGCCGAUUCGGCGAGUCUCUGCCUCGGCUGCGACCGGGAGGUGCACUCCACGAACCCUCUCUUCACCAAGCACACGCGCUCCCUGCUCUGCGACGCCUGCGAUGCCUCUCCGGCCACCAUCUUCUGCUGCAACCACGCCGCCGUCUUCUGCCAGAACUGCGACUGGGAGUCCCACACUCUCUGCCUCUCGCCGGCGCCGCACGUCCGCCGCCCGCUCGAGGGCUUCAGCGGCUGCCCUUCCGUCGCGGAACUGCUGGCGGUUUUCGGGUUCCAGGAUGUCGGGAAAAAGGCCCUUCUUCAAGACGACGAUCGUUACGGCGGCGCCGGCGACGAUUCUAAUGGAGAUGAUGGGAUUUCCGAUUAUCUGGUUUGGGACACUCCCCCGGUUGUCAGUCUUGACGACUUGAUAGCUCCCAGUGAUUCUAAGCCCAAUUUUCAGGCCAUGGGUGUUCCUCCUCUUCCAAAGAACAGAAAUGCUGCCUGUGGACAACACAAAGAAGAAAUACUUGCUCAGCUUCGCGAAAUGUCUAAAUUGGAACCCAAUAUCUGUGCUGAUCAAGAGGGAUUUGAGCCCGUCGUGGGGAUUCAAGCUAUGGAAAAUGAACUAAAUGAUUUUUUCGGAGAAAAAAAUUCUGGGUUUAAGCAGGAUAUGGAGCCUACAUUAGUCCCUUUCUCAGAAACAACUGGCUUUCAGUGGUACGAUGAUGUUGGUGAAUUUGCAGAUCAAGGGUUUUGUCCUACCUUAUUACAAGGAUUCAACGAGACAACCUGUUUGGUUCCCGAUAAAGAUUCAGAUGUUGGCGAUAGUUCGGGUGCAGCAAAUAAUCAUAACGAAGGGCAAUCAAACCAUUCUAGCCAUACUGAAACCUUCCAAGUGCCUCAUAAAGUUGCUCCUCGUGAGCUAAACAGCCGGGAAAGAGAGACAGCCAUUUCUCGUUACAAGGAGAAAAAGAAAACCAGGAGAUAUGAGAAGCAAAUUAGGUAUGAAUCAAGAAAAGUUCGCGCAGAGACUAGGAUAAGAAUCAAAGGGCGUUUUGCCAAGAUAGAUCAAAGAGAUUCUGGUACUACGCGUUGAUGUGUUCAAAGGUUGUUUUGUCAAGAAUUUAACAGCAAGUGAAGCUUGGGUAGAUCAUUGAGAUGAGAAUGUAAGUGUGAAGUACUUAGGUCUUUAAAGCAGGUGUUUAUGUAUAGUAUAACUUGGUAAAACCAGAACAUAGCUCUAUUAGAUGUAAACUUUUAGUAUGGAGUAUUUGUUGUAUCAAUGUUGUGUCUUUGUAGCUGAGAAUCACAGAUAGAUACAGAUGAAAAUUUACUGUAUUUACAGAAUGCCAGCAAAAGUCUUGAGCUUUAGAAUGCAGAGAUCAGGAUUUGAUUCAGAAUUGU